AUGGGGACGCGAGAGAAGAGCGCACCAGCUGAAACGCCGACGUGGCAACAGGAAAACGGGGAUGUUGAAGACAGCGAGGCAGACACCGCAGCUGCGAUGCUGACCUCAAACUCGGAAGGUGGCGUGCUUGCAGGCAUGAUUCGCGACUUGUACGCGGAGAUUGAAAGCGCCUGUCCUGAGGGCUGUUGGGAAACCAUGAGGGAGUCGUGCCUUGCUUGCUUGCAGCAGUCGCUUGAGCUGGAGCUGGAGCUUGCAACGGAGCGCCGCAAGACGUGGGACUCGCGCAAGGAAGUGGACGCAUUGGCUGAUCACUUGGAAGCCACGGUGAAGCGUGCACUGCUUCAUAAACAACGGGUACAGUAUUUGGAGGAUCACACUUCGAGUCUGAAGAAGCGCAUUGCAACGCUGCAGACUCAGCUUGAUGCCGCGUCCCUUCAAAAACGGAAAGCUACACAGCAACAACAGCAGCUGACGACGCAGUCGCGGUUGCGAAGAACAGACUUGAGUGGCGGGUUUGCUGGGACUGGCACUCGAUCAACAGCCAUGACGUCUGCAUCCACCAUGUCACGGUCACGCACCUCGGGCUCACCACGCUCGUCCAAGACCACAGAUCCCAUCCAAGCCCGCGUGGACGUCAAGGAGCUGGCCCGCUUACGAGAGAUCAACGCCAAACUGGAGAAGCAGCUUACGCAACGGGACCAACAGCUUGCCGUGGUGCAGGUGCAGAUGGAGUCAUUACGGGACCAGGUUGAGGAAAAGGCGCGAUUGCGACAGCGUGUCAGGGAGUUGGAGAGUCAGCUUCAGGCCAUGUCACACUCACAGCUAGCCAUGCGAAGGCAGCAGAAGAGACAGCAUCGGGAGCAGGACUUUCAAGGAGAACGAGAAAGGAACCAGCACGAACCAGAGAUGAGCGCUUGUGAGCGGCUGCGGGUGUUGGUGGUGACGGCCGAGUUUGUUGAUCCCAUCUUCAGCGGGAAUGGGGUGCUGAGUCGGUCGUUGUGCGAAGGGCUGCACUCCAUUGGUCACAGUGUGUUCGUGCUGUGCGCCCGUCCAAAGGACGCUGACCCACCCACCACUUUUCCCUGUCAUGGAGCAACACACGUGGUGACCAUCCCCGUGACAACGUGGCGGCGGUUGGACCGGUAUGGCCACUGGGAAGAGAUGGCGCAUGGAGUCACACCGCAUGUGAUUGAACGCAUCAAGGCCUUCAGCCCCACCACCUGCCUGUUUGUGGAUUGGACGACACUGGCAACCGUGCGGCAGCUGCCGUUUCACAAUUGGACAUUCUUGUGCUUUCGCACGUUCGCAGCAAGCACAGAACUCCACGAACACCCGGAUGACGAGGCCUUUUACAUCAAACAUGAGCGGGCGAGUCUUGAGCUGGCACCAAAGACCAUAUGCCUGUCCUGCGCAGACAAACUCGCUUUGCAGCGGCUGCGUCACACAAGAACCUCGUCAGCGACACAGGAGCCAUCAGUGUCCCAGCACCCAGGCCGCCACAUCCACGUGCUGUACCCACCGCUUCGCCACGAGUUUGCACACUUGCCUGAGCCAGCUACGACUGUCACAAGCAGCAUUGUAGACAGCCGGUGUACGGAUCAAAUGGCGACAACAACACCAGCGAGCACCAGCACCAGCACCAGCACAAGUGCACCUGCCACCAGCACCAUCAAAACUACCACCACCAACAACGGGGAGUCCCGGCAACCUCAGUCGGCACCACACGUGCGCCGGCUGCUGUGUUGCGUGCGGCUGUCCCCAGAGAAGGGGGCAAUGCGGUUUGCUGAGAUGGUGGCACAUUUGCGCGAGGACCUGCGCCGGCACAACAUCGUUCCCACGCUCUGUGGUGCCGUCGCUGAUGCCGAUUACGCAACCGCCGUGCGACAGGCGCUUCGGUCCACCAGUCCAAACUGCCAAGUCAUCAACAGGUUCCUGGACGCCCGUGCACUCCAACAACUCUUCCGCGAGACUGUGAUCAACGUGCACCCGUCCCUGCAUGACGCCUUUGGCAUGACAAUCGUGGAGGCGGCGGCUUGCGGUGCAGUGUCGCUCGUGUCGGAUGAUGGCACCGUUGGCGCUGUGGAUCUGUUUCGUACCACCGCCGCAGCCCUCACCAGCCAACGCCACACACACCACGCCGAGGCAUCCGCAACCACAACAACAAACAGACCUGACACAGACACGGCCCUGGUGGGCGUUGUCGAGACAUCAACGCUUGCAUGUGCACCCUCUUCCUCGAUGCCGUCGAUACCUGGUUCGCUCCCGCUGCUGUUAUGCGACGUCACCAACCCACAAGCGUGCGCUGCCCGCAUCCGUGCAUUUCUCGCGCUGCCCGAUGCAGAGAAGCACGAACGACAGCGGCAGUGCCAUGCCAUUGCCAACUCAUGGACGCGCACUCAAUACGCACGUGCGCUGGCAAACAUCGCUGCGAGUGCUGCAUGA